UUCAGAACUACUAUACCUUUCAUGAAACUUAUGUUCAAUUGCCUUUCUACCAUGGCUCUCCAGUGCAUGACAAGAGCAUAGAGGAGGAACUACCGAAACCUGCAAGUAAUUAGAGCUGUAUAACUCGAUGCAUGCUCUUCCUCGUUCACCAUGAGCCAAAAAUUCUUCACACCAGGAGGAAAUUCUUCCCGUUCGAUCAUUAUUAGGGAAAGGAGGCCUCAUAGUAAUGUAGCUUACACCAUUCCAAUAAUCCACGUGAUUGAUGGUCUAACUCAUCAUAGUAUUGACUUUUAUGGUUGGGCUAUCGACACAUUUCGACAAGUGUCUCAUCUUCGAAUUCUUCGAAGAUAGCUGUGGGGCUUGAAUGGUGAUAUAACC